AUGGAUGUCUACUUAACUCAAGUACCUCGUCGUCAAAAGUCACUUCCACAAUCACAAAUCCUUCAAGAGAAAUACAUCGACUCGAUAAUAGACGAAGUGGAAUUAUCAUCACAACAGUCCUUGGCAGAUCAAGUCGGGUUUUUGUUCACACACACGGAGUAUAUGACCCCACACAGUAUCGCCAAACACUUGAACAUCUCCAUUAAUGAAGUUCAAAAAUGUAUACGAGAGUUCUACGCUACACCUCUGCGGAGUUCGUGUAUUUCACGGUCUGUGAUCGACGACUCUUCUUACGUGACGGAAAAUAGUGACGAGAAGAGUGAAUGGCUCACCUUACAAAACCCAGUCCCCCAAACUGGAAAUGAUUCUUUUGUUUCGUUCAAACGUUGUGUGGAAGAUUUAAUAGAGAACAAGACGGCACUGUCAUGGAAAGGCGUAUUGUCAUUAUCACACGACUACAACGUCUCUGAGUACAUGAAGAAUGCAAAAGUAAAAACGGUUGAUGUUCAACAGACGUUUCGGUUGGUGUUGCCAACAAAAAGCGAGAAAGAGAAGGGGCGUGACAUGAUGUCUCGCGUUGAAUUCGUCAAGCCAAGUCGUGUAUUUUGCACUGAAUUGGUUGGAUACCAGGAGUACUUAGAUAAGAAGAAAGUGACUAGCGUGUGGGUACCAAAUCACCCAACCUAUUUUAAAGUUGGGAGGGAAUAUGGGGAGUCGAAGGUGCUUGGUACUAUUCGUGCUGAUGGAGGAUGUGUUGCGCCACUUGCGAUUGUUUCGAGUGAGAAAGAGAAAAAGAAAAUAUUCAAUGGUGGUCAGGACGUGACUCUGGUCGUCGAAGAGGAUGGUGUCCUUACACGAGAGAUUGUUGUACAGUAUUUGAAGGAUUCCAUGUUUGGUGAGGGAGAGUGUGAUAUCGUUGUUUUGAUUGUGUCGGACUAUUUUCGACGGUUCAAACUUGAAAGGGAAGAUUGGAGCAAAAACGUGAAGAUUCUAUAUAUUGAGGAAGCUCUUGAAGACUCUUUCUUGCCUAUGAGUAAGAUGGUCAAUUGCUUGAUAGAGAAAUACAAACGUAGUCUGAUUAAGAAGAAGGAGGUCUGUAGUGUCGAGAAAUGGCUAGGAGCUUUGAGGAAAACAUUCACCGAAAUGAGAGUCAAAGACGCGUUCAAGAGUAUCGGAGUCGUCAUUGACGAGGAGUUCUGUCGGUUUGAAGACGUCGAAGAUGAAGAUUCUACAGAACUGUGUUGA